AUGACUUUUCUCGCUGAGGGUAAUCAUGCCGUUCGUAAUUUGCUUCAUUCGCCUUAUUUUACUUUUAAAAAAAUACUGUUGCGGGAGGAGCACCGUCAAGAUAAAGAAUUAUUACAAUUAUUAGAAAAAAAACAAAUAACUUAUCAAUUAUUAGACAAAGAGCAGUUUGCUCGUUAUGGUUUUGCGAAAAAAAAUCAAGGAAUAGUGGCUUUUAUUCGUAAUUACGAUUAUGUUUCGCUUAAUUACUUAUUAAAUCGCCAACCCUCGCGAAAAUACCCAUUAAUUAUAAUGCUGGAUAGUAUUGAGGAUCCUCAUAAUUUUGGAGCCAUUUUGCGAACGAGUGCGGCUUUGGCUAUUGACGGCGUAAUUAUUAGCAAAAAAAACCAAGUGCCAGUUAAUAGCACAGUAGUUAGAGUUUCCGUGGGCGGGGCGGCUUAUGUUCCUAUUUGCCAAGUAGAUAAUUUAGCCGUGGCUAUUAACGAACUGAGAAAGAGCAAUUAUAAAAUUAUUUCCACUAUUUGUGAGCCCGGAGCUGCUGAAUAUAAUAAAUUUAAUUUUGACUUUUCUACCGCCUUAAUUUUUGGCAACGAACAUGAGGGAAUUAAGCCCAGUUUAAUCAAAAAAAGCGAUUAUUCUCUUUAUAUUCCCAUGAAUAAUAAUAUAAGUUCGCUUAAUGUCUCGACUACUAUCUUUUGUAAAAAUGUCAAUUUCACCUUUAAUAAUGCUCCAAUUAGGGCAGGUAUUGAAAUGGCUAUAACUAUCAAAACUCAUUGUAAUACACUAUUCCAAAUACCUGACAAUAAAAAUAUUCGGGCUGGUCUCACUAACAUUUAUGGUAUUGGCUGGUCUACCGCCGAGGCAAUAAUUAGUAAACUCCACAUUGCUAGUAGAAAGAGAAUCCAUGAUUUGUCAGAAACCGAGUUAAAAAAUAUUAAUCAAGAAAUUAAGAACUUUACGACCGAGGAGAAGUUAAGAGAAGAAAAACAAAAAAAUAUCAGUGAGCAAAUUCGUCUGGGUACUUAUCGAGGUUUAAGACUCUCCCGCAAGCCUAAUCCUUUACCAGUAAACGGGCAAAGAACAAGGCAUAAUUCCCGCACUGCCAAAGGUCAUAAGCGAAUAACCGUUGCCAAUAAGAAAAAGGCUCCCACCGCAAAAUAA